AUGGACGGAACCGGGGAGUUGCCUGAUCAGCCCGAUCAGCUCGAUCAGCCCCAUCAAAACGGAAUGAGAAUGGAUGCCAUCCAAGAGUUCACACGAGGCGAGCAGACGCCUGAUGAGGUCGAUGAAGAUAUCAAUGGAAAUAUGGAGACGCCAAACAAGCUAGACUUCAUCGCAAACCGCGGACGGCGAGGGUAUCCACGUCAGAUCACAUCGUUGCCGGAUGAGAUUCCGCCACAGCUGGGCCGUCAGCUAGUCAAAGGUGACACAUUCAAAUAUGAGCGCGAGAACCGAGUGUUUGAGGACAAAGGCGCGGCGAUCUGGGACAGGAAGAAGGAGAAGCUUUACGACUACUACAUGCUCAGCACCCGAGAGAAGCUAGACGCCAGGUACUAUCACGUUUACGCGACGACAGGCAGCACCAUGGGAGUUACUGUAGUCAAAGGGAACGAUUGCGCCGAACCCACGAUUCUUGGUCGCUCGCCCAGCAUGAUACCGUCUCACCUUCGAGUAUGGACUAAAGCGAAUGGAUUUGCCGACGAUACGAGAGAAGUCGUCAGGACCACUGAAGGCCUGGAAGGGGUUGAUAAAGCAGUAAAGAGGCUACAAGCACGACAACAGCGCAAAGGGACUUCUUCCAGUACGACAAACUUUGUCAAGAAACGUGAGAGACAGGCCAGAAGAUCAGAGCCUUGGACUUUACCGCUCGAAAGUGAUAUCUUUGAGAAUGAAGAUGUCCAAGCUCAAUCUGGUCUGUUCGGUAUUGCUGAUGGUACAUCAGCCGGCAGUACCUCUUCGGAUACCUCCACUGUACACACUAUACACCCGCAGACAUCGAGAAAACGUGUCAGACCUUCAGAAUAUUACGACGAGGACUCGACCCCUGAGCCACCUAACCCCAAACGCCUUAAGGAUGAAGAACUGGCACGCAAUUACCUUGCGACCAUCUUUCCCAACGAUCCUAACUACGGCGUUCCCCACGACUACGAGCCCAAGAAAUGGGACCAGCCUCUCCUUCGCGACUACCGAGCCCUGUGCAGAAAAUUCACCGAGAACGGCCGUCCUGCCCAUCAACUCUGGCCAAAUCUCCUGCGCGCUGCAUGCAACAAUCUUAAAACCUCGAAGCGCCUCACCCGCCAAGCCAUUAAAAGCGCCAGAUCAUCUUUCGAGGGCCCACACCGCCAGAAGCAAGCGAGACGUAGCACAUCUGUUGGCUACUCUGAUGCAGAACCACGUCCCUCAAACAGGCGCAAAUCCGAGUCGACGGUGUCGCAACCCAGACCUCGGCUUAUUGUCAGACUGAAGAUGCCGAAACGUAACUCAGUGUUACGACAGGCACAGGCACCUCAAGCAGAUGAUCACCAGUCCGGGCUCAACGGUGUAACGGCGCCUCGUCUAAGUGCCUCCGAGCGGCCGUCGGGCGGUAGAGCAGAGACAACGACCACGACCUCUCCUCAAUCACCUCACCCCAGGAUGUUCUCGCGCACAAGUCAUGUACCUAUAACUGCACCUCAGGCUACUGAGGCGCCUACAGAAGCGCCCCAGCAUACCGAGAUACCCGCAGAAGCACCACAAGAACAAGAAGAACUCACCGCCGAAAGUGAUUCGGACGAUGUCCAGGAGAUUGAGGCACCAGCAGUGCCAGUCAAGCAAGAGGCGCCGCAAAAUACAAGCAAAUUAUCGGAAGUACCAGCAGAGAUUGGUGAUCAAGUCAUGGUAGUGUUCAGAGACGACUCAGAUCAAGUGCUCAGGCAACGACCAUGGCGGGACUGCAGCAACGUACAGAAGUUGUUUCUGCAAGCGGUCGUCGGAAGGCUGUUCAAGACAAGUAAAGAGGAUACUGCGCUUAGCGUUACGGUACAGGGCUUGGAGGAGGAAAUUCCGAUCAUGAAAGGUGAUGUAGACGACUUUGGUGUGCUUUGUCAGGCGAUUGCUUUUGCGCAGAACAUGAAGACCGAAGGUGGUGGGGAGGAGCUGGUGGUUGAUGUGAAGUCUUUGUGA